AUGGCAUCUGCUCUUCACGUGUUCUUCCUCCUUUGUGGGAUCAGUGGACUGUUGACUGGAGCUUGGUCUUGGCCUCAAAGGGAUAACCGAGAUGGUUACUGUCCUAAAGGCUGGACUCAGUUGGAUGAUCUCUGUUACAUCCUCCAAGAGGAACCCAGGAGUUUUGCAGAUGCAGAGAGACUCUGCAACAUUCUUGGGGGCAAUCUGGCCUCAAUCACCAGCGCCCUGAACAAUGCAGUCGUUUAUCAACUGCUUGUAGCAAGAGAUGAACUGAAGGCCUGGAUUGGACUCAGUGAUGCAGUACAGGAGAAUACCUUUUUUUGGAACGAUGGCAAACUCUUUGGUUUUGACAACUUUGGCCCUGAUGAACCUAAGGGAGUUGGUGACUGCGUGCUGAUUUAUAUCAGUGGUCAAUGGUAUGACUGCGACUGCGCCGAUGAGUACCCCUAUGUUUGCAUCAGAGAAGCGUCCCUUGCCGACCACUAA